GUCCUUAUCUAGUAACGUAUAUAUUAGACUUUAAUAGAGGAUAUGCAUUUAAAUGUGCUGAUAGUUAUACUAACAUAAGGCCCAAUGAUUUUUUAAACAAUGCCCGCUGAUCACGUCUUUCAAUUAGAUUGAGGUGGAGACUAAACCGGACCGACGGUAUAAUCCAUGGGGUAGGUAGGGAAACGAGUGAACCGAAUCAGGGGUAGGUGAAGAAGUGACCUAUCCGACAUGAACCAAACACGGUCGGGUCGGAUCCUUACACUAACCAUCUCUACUGACCCGACUGAAACAAUUCCGAAAGAACUGCGCCUUUUAAUAGUAAAAGAAAAAGGUUUCAAACCCUAGACCACGACUUCAAACCCUAGACAACGACUUCCACUAUCGGUGAUCCAACGGAAGAGAAUGAAGAGAAGAAGACGACCAGAGAAGGAGAUUCUUCCUGUGGAUGUGGUGACGGAGGAGAUCCUUACGAAACUGCCUGUUAAAUCCCUUAUGAGAUUCAAGUGCGUCUCAAAACUUUGGUCAUCGGUCAUCAGCUCACGAUACUUCAGCAACCGUUUACGCACGGUCCCAUCCCGACCGCGCCCUCGACUUUACAUGUGUUUGCGGGAUCUCACUGACUACCAAAACUCUGUAAUGCUAUCAUUGGCGCCAGACACUACGUCUUCUUGCUUUGUAGUUGACCACGAUCUGACCAUCCCACGGCUGGGAGGCUACUUCUUGCAAUAUCUUCCUGGCUUCAUAUGUUACAACUUUCUGGGAAAGCCACGGAUUUAUAACCCUACCACCAGACUACUUGUCACCUUACCAGCCGCCAUGAAAUCCAACAACAUGAUGCCGAUUCCCACUCCUCCUCCAGGAGAAAGUAUCAAAAUCGUAGCUUACUAUUUCGGACACGACCACGUUAUCGACCAGUACAAAGUGCUCUGCUCAACUGGUGUCAGAUUGAAAAAUUUUCAAGAGAUAAGGUCAGAGCAUCGGGUCUUUGUCCGAAAAGCUGGAGGAAGAGGUUCCUGGAAAAAGGCGGCUCCAACGUCUCCAGCGGACUUUCUUCCUCACAUUCCACUCAAAGGAGGAGUGUGUAUCGAUGGGGUUAUAUAUUACAUGGGUUGGACUGAUUCGUAUAAUUCUGUGCUUGUCAGUUUCCACAUUAGAUCCGGAGACUUCAAAAUGAUCCAAGUACCUCGCAGGGACGGAGAUGAGCUGCCUGGACGGGUCAAGAAUGUGAGUCUUAUAGAGUAUGGUGGCAAAGCAACUAUCAUUGACCAGACUAAUCUUAGAGAAAAGGGUAGGCUGGAUUUAUGGGCCGUGGAAGAUGCCGGGAACAAUAAAUGGUCGAGGAGGACUCUGGUUUUGCAGCCUUCUCAGCUGCAUUUAGUCAAUAACAACAUUAUAUUCAAUGUCAAAGGUACAACUCAAAAUGGAAAGGUUUUCUUGAUACCACAGGAUUUGCUUUCUCCCUUUCACAUUCUCUGGUAUGAUCUUCAAAGCAAUGACAUGAGAAAGAUCGAAAUCAAUGGUGUACCGGAUCACUGGUUUAGCAAGGACAAGUUGAAAGUUAAAAUGAUGUUGAUGGAUCAGAGUGAGAGUCUCAUGUACUUCUAGGCUUGAAUAAAUCAUUCCUUUUUACAUCUAAUGCAUGUUUUUUGAGUGUUUGGACUAAACAGCUUAAUGUUUUUCGGGUUUUUCUUGCAUCCUCAGAAUCUAUAUAUAGAUAUAGAUCGCAUAUUCAGUGUUUACCAAUCCCUAAUUAAUAAAUUAGUAAAGAAAAAUGUGGGGUGUCACAUUGUGUGUUGUUACAGCUUUAGUGGUCGUCAAGACCAGUCUCUGGCUCUAUACAUGGGAAAACCCUAACGGCAAGUUAUCUCCCGGUUCAAUGGGGUUUCCGGUGAUCCGUAGAAACCGUUAAGUUCUCCAAACCUUACAGAUUCGAUGACAUCCCUCCAUUUGUCAAGAAAAGAAUGUCAUUGUUGGUCGGUCGUCUCAUUUCUCUUAUUUCUUCUCUGAGCGCCUCGGGUUCUUUGUUCCGGACGAGUAUCCUCGGCUCUAAGACGAUUGUUUGGACAGACCCGGAAGUGAACUUUGAGAUUUUUAGACAAGAGAACAUGUGUUUCAUCAUGAGAUAUAUAUCCAGAAGCUGUUGUCAGAAACGUUGGGAAAGAUAACUUGUUCUUCAAGCAAGGCACAAGGACUUCCACAGGUACAUGCGACGGAUUGCUCUGCGACUGCUCGGUCACCAGUGUUUCAUAUAUAUACACAAAUUAAUUAAAACGACCUAGAAACACAGGAGCAUCUCACAUCUGACACCCGAUCCCAUGGCAUCUUUAGAUGUCAAAGAUACUAUUGGAAGGGUGUAUAUAUAUAUAAUAUAGGCCCUUAACGUACGUACGGUAUCCAUUUUAAGCAAUCAAUGUUUAUCUAUUCUGAUGGGGUUUAUUUUUAUUAUUAUUAUCAUGUGUUCUAUUGCAGCUAAUAUUGGAGUAAAUAAUCAAGAUGAUCAUAAGUGACAUCAAACCUAGCUAAUAGAA